AUGGAUACGCCGGCGCCUACACCCACACCCAGAGUGCCUAUCCCGCCCCGCGGCGUCGACUACCGCGGCAAGCUGGUGCUGGCCCCCAUGGUGCGGUCGGGUGAGCUGCCCUCGCGUCUGACAGCGCUACACUACGGCGCCGAUCUGGUAUGGGGUCCCGAGACGGUUGACUACUCCAUGAUCGGCACAACGCGCCGCGUCAACCCCCGCACCGGCAUGAUCGAGUGGACGCGCAUCCCGACCAACAACAAGAAGGUCGACUCGAAGGUCGAGAGCAUCAUCUUCCGCAUCGACCCCGUCCGCGAGGCGUCGCGGCUCAUCUUCCAGCUCGGCACGAGCGACCCGGCGCGCGCCGUAGAGGCGGCGCGGCUGGUAGCGCCCGACUGCGUCGGCAUCGACGUCAACGCCGGCUGCCCCAAGCCCUUCAGCACGUCGGGCGGCAUGGGCGCGGCGCUACUGAAGACGCCCGACAAGCUGGUGGCCAUCCUCGACGCCCUGGUGCGCGACGUGGCCCCGGCCGCCCAGAUCGGCAUCAGCGUCAAGAUCCGCAUCCUCGAGACGCCCGCCGAGACCGAGGUGCUCGUGCGCCGCCUCGUCGCCACGGGCAUCACGGGCCUGACGCUGCACUGCCGCACCCCGGACAUGCGCAAGACGGCGCGCGCCAUCCGCGGCCAGGUGCGCAUAGUCGCCGACGUGUGCCGCGAGGCCGGCGUCGCCUUCCUCAUGAACGGCGACGUCGAGACGUGCAGCCACGCGACCGAGCUCGCCUACGAGUUCGGCGCCGACGGCGCCAUGAUCGCCACCGCCGCCGAGAGUAACCCCAGCUGCUUCCGCAGCGACGCGGCGGGCGGCUUGGCCCCCUGGGAGGAGGUGGUCGGCAAGUACCUGACGUACGCCAUCGAGGUCGAGAACAAGCUGCAAAACACAAAGUACCUGCUCGCGCAGAUGGUGCCCGGAAAGGCGGGAAUCCACCCGAAGCUGCACGGCUGCAAGUCGUACCGCCACAUUAUCGAGCUGCUGGGCUACACGGACCUCGUCGACCGCGCCGCCGCCGUCGACGCCGUCCUGAACCUACCCCCACUGGUAGCCCCGCCACCGCAGCUGGCUGCUGCCAAGCCCUCAGGGGCGAAGCGGAAGAGGGGGGCAGCGGCCGGCGCCUCGCACGACAAGAAGAAGAAGACGGCGCCAUUCGCACAGGCAAAAUCCCCCCACAGCCGCUCUGCCAGUCCGGCUCGUGAAGCGGUAGAAGCUGCGGUCGGGGCGACGGCGGUAGUAGCGCCUCAGCCGGCUGCGGCCUCGAGCGUGGCCGUGUAG